CCUCUCCCAUCACGGUUCCCGCCUGGUGAGAAAAGCUGGGAAAUCCUCUGCCCUCAUGGAAAAAGGGUGGGAGACCCCCCCUCCACCCUCGCCCACAGAAAAAGGAAGGUAGACCCUCCCCCAUCUCUUUAUGUUCGAGGGCCGGAAACUGCCCGUCCCCUCGCAGAAAAAGGGAGAAAACCCCUCCACCUCUCACGGCUCCGGCGUCGCGCAGCGAAAGAGGCCGAGCAGCGACCCGGCUCCCCUCACAGAAAAAGGCGGGAAAGCUCCACACAACUCGCGCCCCGCCCCGCGCAUGCGCACUGCCGAAAGAAGGACCCCACACACACACGCGCCCCGUGCGCCCUCCCCUCACGCUCCUCGCCGCGCGCACGCGCCCUCCACCCGCCUCAGCCGCCGCUUUGCGCUCACCGCCCCUGCCGCGUCCGUUCCUCCUGCGGCUCCUCUCCGGUCCCUCCUCGGCGCGUUCCGGGUCGCCAUGGGCCGCUCCUCCAAGGACAAGCGCGACAUUUACUACAGGCUGGCCAAGGAGGGCGGCUGGAGAGCCCGCAGCGCCUUCAAACUGCUGCAGCUGGAGCAGCGCUUCCAGCUCUUCCAGGGUGUCUCCUUCAGAUGCCCUUUUCCCUCCCCAAGGUACCCCCAGAUCCCCACAUUCCCCCUCCAGUCCCCCAUUUCUGCCCCCCAAACCCCAUUUCCCCGCUGUGCCCCCCAGGCCUCCACAGCCCAGGAGAUCCAGCGGCACUUUGAGGGGCACCCGGCCGACCUGGUGGUCUGUGACGGGGCCCCUGACGUAACAGGGCUGCACGACCUGGACGAGUACAUCCAGGCCCAGCUGCUGCUGGCAGCGCUGAACAUCACCACCCAUGUGUUGAAGAAAGGCGGCACCUUCGUGGCUAAAAUUUUCCGGGGGAAGGAUGUGACCCUGCUCUACUCCCAACUGCGCCUCUUCUUCCCCGACGUCACCUGCGCCAAGCCCCGCAGCAGCCGCAACUCCAGCAUUGAGGCUUUCGUGGUGUGUCGUGGCUACAGCCCCCCCGAGGGCUUCGUGCCCACCAUGGACAAUCCCCUGCUGGACCCCGAGGCAGGCCUGGCCCUGUCCCAGCUCUCGGGACCCUCCCGUGUCAUUGUCCCCUUCGUGGCCUGCGGGGACCUGAGCGCCUACGACCCCGACCGCACCUACCCCCUGCAGCUGGACCCAGACAAGCCCUACACCUACGUGCCCCCCCCUGCCCCCCCCAUCGCCCCGCCCUACGCCCGGGCCUGUCAGCUGCGCCGGGGGGGGGCCCGGAGACCCUCGUGGGGGGAUGAGGGGGACAAGGCAGAGCUGCAGGAGCCUGGAGUGGGGACCCCCUUGAGUGUGCAAGGACCCCCGAGCCAGGGGGAGGGACCCCCGAGCCAGGGGGAGGGACCCCCGAGCCAGGGGGAGGGACCCCCCAGCCAGGAGCUGCACCGGCUCCAUCUCCUGGACUGAAACUUGUGCAAGAGCCCUCGUGGGUGUGCAAGGCACGGCCCCCCCGUGCCGCAGCCCCCCAGGACCCCCCAAUAAAGCCCCCCUUCAUUGCA